AUGGACAAGCCUGCCUUCUCGCUCGGAGGCUACGGAAUGCCAUUACAGCAACCUCCACCGCCAUCACAACAACAGCAGCAGCAAACAGUUGAUAAUGCAGGACACAACAGCGAAGCACAGUACACAGCCAUCCAGCUUGCCCUUGCAGCUUUUGUUCAGCAAAGCCAAGGGAUCUCCGUCGUCGACAUUACUACCCUGAUUAACCACCUGGAGUUGCUCAUGAAAGACUGUUCCCAGGCCAAUAUUCAGGCAGGAAAGAACUGGGUUGUUCACAUUUGUCAGAACCCACAACAAUACGACCUCCUUGUACGCGCCCUGGUUUCGAUUGCCAUCUCGCGGCAAACAUUCGACGAGAAGCUGCAUAUCGUGUAUCUCACCAACGACAUUCUAUCGCAUUGCGAACGGAAGCAACAGCAGUGGAUCAAGGAAGCGAUCCACCCCAAUCUUGUCCCAAUGUUACGCGCCGCGUACUUUUUCCCGGGAGUCGACGAUGGUCAAAGGCAACGCGUCAUCAAGGUUUUGGACAUUUGGAGGAACAGAGAGUUUUUCCCGCCAGCCAUGAUCGACUCUAUGGAAAUGAAUCCGCAGUUUCAGCAACCAUUUUCACACCAGUACCCCGGUUUCCCGCACCACCCACAACAGCAACAGCAACAGCAACAGAUGCAGAACCAGCACCCGUUUCCGCAUCAUCCUCACCCUCAUCCUCAGCAGAUGCCUCACCACUCUGAGCCAUGGAUGUCGCAAGCUCCAGGACCAAACCCAGGCUUUCCUCCUUUUCAUGGGAAUCCUCCCGUACCUCAACAUCCACCUCAAGGAGUCCCACCACCACCAUUCCACCACCAACCCAAUCCUUACCCUCAGGCACCUACAUUUCAACCACCUCCGUUCCAACAACCGCAAUUCUCGCAUCCCCCACGGAAUAUCGCAGUAAUGGCACCAGUGCCAGCUCUAGCCCCGCCUCCUCCAGAGCCGUCUCACCGUGAUGUUCUCACACGCGAGCUGCAUGCAGGACAGAUGAUCUCCAAGAUCGAGGCUGAAGCAGACUAUUACGAGCCUUUGCCAGCAUACAUGUCGGUCCCCUUCAAGAAGAAGGUGCAUCAGGACAAGGAUUUACUGGAUAGUGUCGCUCAGUUUGUGCAGGAGACAAAUGCAAUCAAGGCGGAAGAGCUCGCGAAGGGCGACGAGGGGUGGCAUGAGGGCAAAUUGAACGAGUUUUACAGGAACCACGGCGACAAGCGGAAAGAGGCAUUCUCUGAGAACCCACGCCGACGUCGCAGUCGCCAACGGUCUAAUACCUCUGUCCGCAAGAGAGAGAUGGGGUUAAGGAGACGUCCCGGUCGUAUUCAAGAAGUCGAUCCAGGAGCAGCUCACCUCAGUAUCGUCGUCAGGGUAGGAAGGGAGGCCGAGAUCGAAGCGGAAGUCGGGGCAGGAGCAGGAAUCGAGGAAGGAGCAUGA